AGUUUCCUAAUGAGUUUAUGGUCUCAAUCGCUCGUUUCAAGUCCUCUUCAAUACAGCUGCUGUUCAUUUUGUAAAUUAUGGCGCCAUUUAGAGUAAAAUAAACAAUAAAGCAGGGUAUGAUUGGGGCGUCGCUACGUUGUGACUGACAAGUCGUUACCACGGUGACAACGUUGGUUAGGCAACGUAACCAUGGCGUAACCCGCGAUUCACAGAGUAUACGCGUGAAAUAGCCGUCGCUAUUUCAGUGUGUUUUCAGCUCAGUAAUGUUACUUGUUAAAUAUUGGUCGUCCGGUAAGUAAGCCUGUUUUUUGCUAGGGAAAAUUAACAUUAGCAUUAGCACAGUUAACCAUAGAGCAGUCAUUUUCAAUAUUUCUUUCAAAAUUGUAGCUCUACAUACAAAACUCAUCACUCCAGGGAUACAACCAGGUUGAAAUGCUGGUUGAUCUGAAUGUGUUGAUGAUCGGUUACUGUCCUCUAGUGGUCACAGUGAGGAACUGCAACAGUACUGUUCAAAGAAGAAUGAGUCAUGUCACUGGAGGAGGUGGAGUUUGGGACUUGGAGAUAUGCUGUCUUGUGCUUGGGGACAGAAUGGGGUGGAGCCCCAGCAGAAGGGGGAGCCGUGGGCAGGGGCUGGGUGUAGGAAGGGAAAAGUUGGACUGGGUGGUUUCACAGGGAGCAGAGGCAUUUGAGUCAGGGCACACAUGCCUCAGCUGUGAGAGGCCCUACUCCCCUUGGCUGGCUGGCAUCCCAGAGCAGAGGCAGAGAGAGACAGAGGCAGAGAGGGCUGAGAGUGAGAGACCGAGGGCGAAGAGAAAGUUAAAGUGUUAAGUAGACUGGGAAGAGGCAAACAAGUGGCAGAGAAAGUUUUCUGCAAGAAAAGAAAAAGGAUCAGAGACUGUGUUGUGUGCAGCGUUGCUCCUGUAGGUAGUUUGUCAGUGGUGUAUUUUUAUCUGCAGCGAGUGUGCAAGUGGUUUGUAUUUGGAGUUGACAGCUAUGGCAGAUACAGGUGUCAAAGAGGAGCAUGUAGCCCUGGUAGAAGUGCCUUAUGAUGAUGAUGAGGUCGCCCUGGUGGGUGCUGCCACCGAGCCAGCGGUAGAUGAUCAUCACCAUACUGAGAAGGUGGACAUGCUACUGACCACUACCUCUGGAGACAAGAGUGAAGCUCAGAUGAAUGGGGUCAUGGUUCUGUCUCUACUGGACAAGAUUAUCGGGGUGGUAGACCAGAUCCAGCAGACCCAGAAUGGGCUUGAGGCCCGGCAGGAGGCGAUGGAGAAGUCAGUGUCAACCAUCCAAGGGGAGCUGGCUAAGUUGUCCAAGAAUCACGUCGGCACAGCCAACACCGUCAACAAAAUGCUGGAAAAGGUACGCAAGGUCAGCGUCAACGUCAAGACAGUGCGAAGCAACCUGGAGAAGCAGGCGGGCCAGAUCAAGAAGCUGGAGAGCAACGAAAACGAGCUGCUCAAGAGACGCAACUUCAAAGUCCUCAUCUACCAGGACCAAGUGAAGGCCCCAAAGGCAUCCAAACAGAAGACAGCACAGACGGUAGCUGAAGGUGGAUCCGUGGAAGGCCUUGAGCAGAUAGUUGAGGGAGAUGAGGGACAUCCUGUCAAUCUCAAUUCAGAUGAGGAGGUGGAGAUCGAGGAGAUUAUUGAAGAGUCUCGUACCAAGCGCUUCCAACGCACCACCAAGCAGCAAGUGGACAACAUAAAGAAAGCCUUCUCCAAAGAGAAAAUGGAGAAGACCAAACUGAAGACCAAGGAGAACUUGGAGAAGACCAAGCAGAGAACCCGUGAGAACCUGGAGAAGACAAGACAGAGAACCCGUGACAACUUGGAGAAAACUAAGCACAACCUGGAGAAGAAGAUUGGCAAGCUCGGGACCCGCAUGACCCCCAACAUGGAACGCAGGGCGAAGAUGAAGAGCUCCAAAGACAAGGUGAAGAAGUCCCUUACCCCUGACCACACGGUGUAUGCUCGCUCCAAGACCACUGUGUACCGCGUACCCCCCUUCACCUUCCAUGUUAAGAAGAUCCGAGAAGGGGAGGAGGAGGAGGUGAUCCAUACCACAGAGAUGGAGGAAGUGUCAGAGGCUGAGGGCCAGCCAGGGGGAGAGGAGAACGGGCUGGGUGUGCAUGUGGAGCUGGAGGAAGCGGAGCUGGUGCAUGUAGACAGCCCAGAGAUGGAGGCUCUGUUGGAGGUGACUGAGGACUCUCAGCUGGUCACGGUGGACGCAGACCACCUAAAGAAGGCCCAAAGCGAAUAGAGUGUCCCAGCUCUGCAGGGCUGUGAAAGAAGAGAAGAGAAGAAUGAAGAGGGAAAUGGAGUGUUGAUGAAUGAGUUUAAUCACAAGGACACAAUAUUAGUCGUGGGGACUUUCUAGACGUGAUCACAAUUUGUUUUCAGUUCUCUUUUUAUUGUAUCCAAAAGGGAUGCCUUUCAUAUUUGAUCCUCUUUAGCAUACAAAUAACAAAAACAAAACAAAAACAAAGCUCGCUUUUGAAACACACUGCAGCCUGCUUCUUUACUCAUGGCUGGCUAGACAUGCAGGUCUAGGAUAUUUGCUGUUUGUUAUUGGUUUGAUAAAUUGAGUGGCUAUAAGAACAAAAAAAAAGGUAUAAAUAGUCUUUGCUAUUGAGAUGUAAUGUAUAAAAUAAUAUCUGCCAUGUAUGAUAUGCACAUUAAUAAGUAUGGUAAAAGGAAGUUGUUGGCAAGAUUUAUGUUGUAAUGGAUGGUUUCAGUGUUGUAAUGUGCACAUGUGAAACUAAAAGAAAUGAAGACGUAAUAACGUUUAGGCCUUCCGAAGAAAUGAUGAGGAACAGAGGACAUUGGUCAGACGUUUCCAUGACUCGAUGUUUACAAAAACAUUACCCCUGUUGGCACAAAGAAUUAGGACAUAAAGCUUAUUUACUACCAAUUACUCAGCACUUCUGCCAAAUGUUACGAUGUAAUGUCUCUCACAUGACUGAAAUGUAAAUGACUGAAAAUAGCUGUUAAUGUCUGUUAAAUUAUAAAUUAUAUCAAGAAAUGAAAGGAGUAUUAAAAUAUUGUCAAAUUCAAUGGUAUUUAAACACUUAAAGAUUACACCACAGUAAUCGACUGAAGUUACUGUUGUCAACUUGUGCCAAUCAUUUAAAAUAAUGAUUUUUGAAGAAUAGGAAGAAAGUCAAUAUCCUGUAUGUACAUUUUUUUUUAUAGUACAGUGCUUUGAUAAAAAGAUAGUGACAAAAGUAAAUAUCUUUCUAUUCUGGGUCCUUAAUUGGUCAAAAUUUCAGCCAUAAUGUAAUGAAAAACUCAUAUCUAACAACAAUGAAAUUUUUUAUGUACAGUAACUUUUGCUGCGGUGUAUCUUUACAAUGCAUGCUUGUUAGCAUGCUCACAGUUUGAUCAUCAUUUACUGUAAUGUUUUGAUGUAUAUUCACCUUUUCAUAUCUUUUUGCAUCUGGGCACAUUGUACUCGCCAAGUUCCACAUAUCGCAACGCUGCACAGAGGAGAAGAAAAAUGACUGUGUCACCAUGGUCACAGCUCAUCACAGUACAUUUGCACAUCCCUAUUAAAUUUUCCCCAAGGUAAUUGCAGGCAGAAAAAUGAUGGUCUGAAGAGCAAGAUGACAGUUUAAUGACUGACUGUGUAACAUGUGGAGAUGCAAAUGUCAUCCUAAAUGCAGCUGGAGAAAGACAGCAGACUGCCAGGUACUAUGAAUGGUGUGGCACUUUACUAAAUGUCAGAACACCAGAACAGCAUGAUCCAGUCCACAAACGUUUUUACAGAGACCGGGUGCAAUCUUGUGUACUUCCUCUGAAUUAUAGGAGGAAUGUCCACACUGAUGAUAAAAAGCUGCCUCACCAUGAUUUCAUAAAAUGUUUUUAUCAUUGGAAGUUAGAGAAGACGAUCAUAGAGGAUUAGAGGAUGAUUGGAUAGCAAUCAGUCUGAGUCUAACUGACAAAGGCAAUGUUCAAUCAUUGCCAAUUUUCAUACAUGUAAGGGAAGCACACAGAGCUCAGGACAGGAAGAAGGUGAGCAUACGGCGUCCAUUUUCCUCCCUAGAGACUGUGUGUGACCUUGAUGUGGUUUAGGCAUGCAGAAGCCCAGUGUGAAGCAUGGAAAACCAUUAAGAUAAUCAAUGGGCUGGGGAAUGCAAUUAAGGAGAGUGCUCCCUCUGAGCACAGAGCAGGGUAGAGAACAGUGGGGAUUGAGAAAAAAAGUGUGUGUAUGUGUGUGUGUGUUUGUGAGGUCUACAGUGUGUGCAUAUCAUAUACCCACACUGAUAUUUUGGUGAAACUGCAAGUUAAUAUUAAGAAAUCCACUGCAGACUUGUGUCAUCACAUAGACAUAUAAUUAUAACAGAAAUGUUGUUGUUGUUUUUUUUAUUGAAUUUUAGACAAAAAAUAUCUACAUUGUCUUGCACACCAAACAUUGAAACACUUGUAAGAUAUUGGUCCCUGUGUGUGUGUGUAUGUGUGUGUGUGUUUUUGCCAUCAUGUACAUUUUGCCCUGUUUUAAGCUACUGGUUUAUAAAAAACUGACCCAGCCUGCUAUAAGCAUAAGGUAGUUCAUGCAAAGUUUAUGUAGAGACAUUCUUAUCAAAAGAAUAAAUAAAAAAGAAAGAUUAGUCACACUUCUGCAACACAAGAUGUGACACAUAAUUGCUCUUGGUGUUUAUGAUUCAUACUCAAAUAAUGAAACUUGUAUUUUCUGUUGUGUUUAAAAGGCAUAUUUUGCCUAACCACUUCAAUAUAAAUAAAAGCUUGCUGAUUAAUAUA